GCCAUGGUUCGACGGGUGUUGGCGUUAACAUAGACAUUGUCUUGCUUGGUUGUUUCUGGCAUUUCUUCUCCCCUGUAUAAUACCUUUGAUUCUCUCCAUCUAUUUUUCCUUUCUUUCUUUAUCUUUAUCCCCCAGAAUGCAGGAGCACCUGACCAUCCUCGAAAAGGACUAUUGUCCGCCUCUGGACGCCACCAUCGUCUACGCCAUCUAUCAUGACUAUGCUGGCCAGGAAAAUGCCCUUGAACUGACGCGCCAACUGCUUGAGCCCCUCAAGGCGAACGCCGUUCUCGAGCAGCAAACCGACUUUGACCCAUCGGGCAGCGGUGGUCAGGCUGCCUUUGAGCCCGCAUCGUCGCCCUCGGGUCGCGGCGACCUAUCAGCGCGCAGCGACGACUCUCCUUCAGCAUGUACCAGUCUUUCUACUGCCAUGUCGUCUCUCGGCGUAGGCGAAAAUGCAUCACCCGCGACGUCGCCCACGGGGUCUAACGAUUUCACCGAAUAUUUUCAAAAUCUCAGUGGUGAUGCUAAACAGUUGCAACUCAUGGAAACAUUUCCGACAUUGAAGCCAUUCACCAUCGCACAUGUAUUGAAAAAGUGCAAGGGAGACUACAGCAAGGCGACAGAUGAGCUACUGAAUCAUGCUCUGUUCGAAGAACUAGACGGCGUUGAAGGCGAAGAGAAGAUCGAGAGGAAAGGUAUCGAUUCGUUUGCUGUAGAUGAUGCAGCACCCCGCGGCCGGAAGGGCAAGGGGAAGAAAAAGGGCACCAAGUACAUGAACCUCGACGAAUACUCGCGAUCCAGUUCGGAGCCAGCAGUCGUAGCAGGCAACAAAUGGCAAUCAGCAAAGGAAAAUGUCGGCUUUAUAUCGUUGCGUGCCAACAUAUCCGCACAGUCGGUCACCUCAAUCUAUCACAAGAACGGUGGAUCCGUUUCAGCAACCAUCCUUGCGCUCAUCGAGCCGUACAUACAGACCAACGAAGACGCACAAGCCGAUGACCCGGUCGUCCUGCAAAACUCCAUCGAUCUCACGGCAGAGUUCCCCGCGAUCGACCUGCCGCACGCCUUAGCCCUGAUCCGCAUGACCCACCCAUCCUCAGCCGCAGCACACGAACUCGCCAAAGCACUCACCGCUACCGAGACCGUUGCUCGUCCCAGCGGAGGUAUCCAGAUCAUCCCCAAAUAUGUACCAGUCGACCUCUCAUCUCCCGACUCUGCACUUUUGCCGCGGGCAAGCUCGGCAGCGCCAGCAUCAACCCCCCUCGGGACCACUGCUUCGGCAUUCAGCGCCGCCCGCUCGGCGGCUUUCGACCAGGCUUCGAACGCCUUCCGCAGGGGCAAGUCGGACAAGCUCAUGAAAGCGGUGGCCGGGUACUACGGCGAACAAGGCCGGGAACUCAGUCGCGCGCUCAAGGUCGCCAGCGCACAGGAGGCAGACGCGCUCGUGGCGGCACAAAGCACGCCUACACGACUCGAUCUGCACGGCGUAAGUGUCAAGGACGCGACCAGGAUCACGCGAGAGCGCGUCAAUGCGUGGUGGGCGGGACUAGGAGAGGCGAGGAUCAAGAGUUAUUCUGGUGGAAGAGGGGGAAUCGGUGAUGGUUUCACUAUCAUCACUGGUAAGGGCAGGCAUAACGAGGAUGGGAAGAGCAAGAUCGGUCCGGCGGUCGGGAGGAUGUUGAUGCAAGAGGGAUGGAAGUACGAGGCUGGGAGCGGCGAACUGAUCGUUACGGGUGUGGCCCGGAGAUCUUAAGAAAAAAAAAGUGAGAUAGGGGCGCGUCGUGUUUGGAGUUCCGGAGAUUGUUCGUUUCGCAUGGAGUACGAGAUGGGAUUAAUUGGGAACCGAGACUAUAGGGGUGGCUGUUUGUACACCGGAUCUAUCUGGGAGUUGGGAUAUUACAAUGUUGGCGUAUAGUCAUACCCCAUAGCUUUGGAGUUUGGUGCCAUCAACGUUGGCCGUUUAUCCAAACAUCGUUCAGUCUCUCGCAUGUAGACAGGGUAUUCCAAUGCUUGCAGACUCUUUGUUCCAAUAUGAUUCAUUUGACC